UGCAAUGAAGUCAUUGUAAAAUGUUGAACCGGUCGGUAUUGAUACUAUUAAUAAGUAUUGUUCUCUGCUCAUGGAUGACUCAAGCGAGACGGUGGUCUCGCGAAACAAAAGAACUCGUUGACGCUGAUUUAGGAAUAGGCUUGAUAUCAUCAUUAAAAGAUGACGCUAACUUGGAUUUAUCAGUCGACGAAGAAUACGAAGACCUGCGCGCAGAACUUCUUGCAUACCAGGCCGCAUUGGCUUCGGUUGUCUCUAGACGAUCGCUGAUGACCACUCCUUGCUGGCAAUCUGGGGGGAUUUGCGUCAACUAUAAGCUGUGUAAGGGAGCAAAAUCUAUAACUCAAGCUGCCGGUUGUAGAGACAAACAUAAUGUUUGCUGCUACACAUGGAACCGGUAUUUCGUCAAGGAUUACAGAGAUAAAGGUAUAGCUAAUAUAGCAUUGCCUUGGAUUACUAACCCGCAAGUGUAUGGAGGGAAGGGAAUCCAGGAACCGAAACACAGCCUAUUAAGGAAAGGCAAAAAGAAAAAGCACAGGAAUAAGAAAGCAAUGAGAUCGGGCAUUCGUCCACGCGCUGAACAACUGUAUGACACUAAAUAACUAGUACUGCGAGUACCAAAUCAUAAAACACUACUACCACUAAUAAUAUAGACAAUUAUUUUUUUUUAAGCAUAAGUUGGUCUGUGACAUUAAUUAAUUAUUGCCAUUAA